UAACAAAAAUGUGCAAAAAGUGCUUGAGAGCGAGGCACACUUUUCUUAUCGCUCUGCAUGCAGUUGCCUUGCUAACGUGUUCUGCAUCCCCGGUGUUAUAAAGAAAGCUACCAUUAGCAAAGAAACGUAAUGCCAUACACAAAAUCUGCUCAGAUGUAAGAGCACGGCCACGACGAGUGAGGUUUGUGAUGUAAGGAUGAAGCAGAGUGUGUAUAUAUGUUAUGGACUGUAAAGAAAAUCGGUAUCGCUCAAAUAAAAAAUCCUCCGGAUAUGAUAAAACAUCCAAACGGGGCCUCACAAUUCUCUCUCGACGUAAAUGUAACUCUCUGCGAAUUAAUGCAGCUUCCUCAUCUACGGGUUCAUGAAUAAACGGACAUGCCAUUUUAAGGUCUGUGUAACUUUAUCGAGCGCGAUUAGGAACGUGAAUGAACAAACAAAUGGCGUAUGGAAUUUCAACACCGCUCGCGCUUCGAAAUGGGGGUGGAGAUUGUAACAAACCCUGGGUUUGCGGAAUAAAACCUGCUCCCGACCAGGUUAGGUUCACGGAGUAGGUUACUCUGGUUACUCACUCGGAGUAUAAGAUACCUCGAUUUCUGAAAUGGGCUUGACUUACCCCGCGGUCGCGGGUUUGACAGACCUCGCGUUCUGAAACCAAAAACCCUGAGUAUUCCGUUUUCUGGGGUUGACUUACUCUGAGUUUGCACUUACCCUGCUUUCUGAAACGGGCCCCGUGUCUGCCUGCAAUUGGGUUCUCACGCCAUGUCUCACAUUGAGAAUCAUGACAGACUCAAAGCUUGAAAUGUAAGCAAAAAUAAAAAGCUAAAAGGGGGUGUCAUAGAUAUUUUCUUAGCUUUAUACAGGUGAAAUUUCACAAGAAGUAUCAUUUAUUUCAGUGUUUUGUCGAGAAGAGCCAGUGUUAAAGUCCAAGACAAUAAUCAUGGGAUUAUCUUUGACAAUGAAUUUAUGAAAUCAAAAAUCAGCAUAACCCCUUUCAAAAAUCUUGUGAAAACUACCACUGCAGAAGAAAUGUGUAAGUGUUUCUGUUUUAAGUUUAAAAUUAACUUAAUGGUCAGACGUCCUUAUUAAACUUAUUAAUGAAAGCAUUACAUGGAUAAUAUCUGUGCAAUGUCUUAAAAUUAAUUUCCUUUACCUUAUUGGGCAAUACGAAACUAUUACAUUCUCACCAUAUUUUCUCAAUAAAAGAGAUGUGAAAAAAUGGGCUUCCGUUUCACAAGUGCAUUUGGACAGAAACAAACAUUUUGGAUGAGACACUUUCUAAUAGGAAAAUUGUUACAUUUUCUAUCCAUAAUAUGUUCACCUCUAAUAACAAUAUUUGCGAUCUCUUUGCCAAUCGAGUCAUAAAGAUGUGUUUUUAACAAGAUGAAGCAAUCUUAUACUCUCCGUUUAGCUAUCCAUCACCGUUCCACACUCCAGCCCAGUAUGUGAAGGGAAUGCACCAAAUAUCUGUUUGCAAACCACCAUAAAUCUCUAAAAGAAGAAGCCGCUGUUAUCGCGAUAUCUUGUUGUGAAGAAAAGGCGGAUACGUUGAGAGGCAGGUUACCCAGGCAACAACCGCACGAACUGUAAACAUUCAUCAGCUUCUGUUCUUGUUCAAUUUGAAGCAGGUUAGCAGAUAUUUCCAGACACAACUUUUAAGGUCACAGAUUUAUCAUGCAGACACCAGAUUAUUUGGAGAUAGACCUCAGUAGAUUGGUGAUCCACAACGAGAAGUUCCUGAAUAUUCUGGAAGAAGUGAUGAAACUCAACUGGCUUCAUGAAAGAACCCAGCCGGGGAAGUUACAAUUGAUGGCAAAGACUCUUAGUUCCCUUGCCUCUCGUGCUGUGGAGAACAAUCAUUUCAUCGAUCUUCAAGUCCUCCUAGAACAUGUGGAUGUCAAUUCUGAAGACUAUAUGGGAUAUACACCUCUCCAUACAGCCUGUCAGUUGGGAAAUGGAGAAAUGGUUAUGUUCCUACUGGACAAUGGUGCAGUGAACCGCUCUAAACAUUGCCCAUUACACUUGGCCAUUAAGAACAGGAAUUUUCUAGUUAUCGAGCUCCUGAGGUGGAAAGGGUUCACUGUUAAACUACACCCAGUGAGAAUUGGCGUGGAAUUGAUCCAAACAGUACGAAAGAGAGAUCAUGCGCUACUGCAUGCCUGGUUUCUCUCAGGGGUGGACAUGGACACCUCUGACUACAAUGGGUGGACAGCAAUGAAGGAGGCUGUUCGCUUGGGGGAAAACACCAUGAUAACCAAGCUAGUGCACUACAGAAGCACGCCACUGUCCUCUGUGCCCGUGUACAGGAGGAGAAGAGUCUCGCUUUAAUCUUUCCCCUUCUGCAGACUCUCUGCCCUGUACUGUAGAUAAACUUGUAAAUAGUUCUGUUCUUUUUCUUUUUGUGUUCUUUUGUCAAUAAGAUUGGUGUUUUAUCUGCGUUAUAAAUGUGUUUGAAUAAACUUUAUAAACUAA